GGAAGUAAACUUCGCUUGCAGCGUUAUCUUCUUUUUGUUGUUUAAAAAACGGUUUCUGUUUGCAGCAACAGGUUAUAUUUUAUUCAUCAUCUGAAAGAAUAAAUCAGAGAGAAACUAACAGCCGCGGAUAAAAUAUUCAUAAUCAUCGAUCAUCAGCUGGAAAACCCGAAGAGCAAAGAUCCUGCAGCGGGUUUCAUGUCUGAUCCCAUGUUGGAAGUUCAGGACUGGCUCCCCGUUACUGAAGAAAGGAAGUCGGUUCCGGACCAUAGGAUACCAAACAGUAGAGAAAUGAAAGAAGAACCGAAGGAACCAGAUCCACAUUUGAUGAUUGAGUUCAAGGAGGAACCAGAACAUCAACCACUUGGACCAGAACAUAUUGAGCUGUGGAUCUUUCAGGAUGAAGAGCAGCUCCAAGUGACGCAGGAGACCAACAGCUCUAUGGAGACUUCUGGAAGACUCCAUUAUGCAUCAGAAUUGAACCCGAUUGUAAAGAUAAAGGAGGAACUGGAAUAUGGAAAAAAAGAAGGAACAAAACCUGUGAAGAUUGAAGAGGAACCAGAACUUGUGAAGAUUGAAGAGGAACCAGAACUUGUAAAGAUCGAAGAGGAACCAGAACCUGUGAAGAUUGAAGAGGAACCAGAAUCCAUGAAGAUUGAAGAGGAACCAGAGCCUGUGAAGAUUGAAGAGGAACCAGAACUUGUGAAGAUUGAAGAGGAACCAGAAUCCAUGAAGAUUGAAGAGGAACCAGAAUCCAUGAAGAUUGAAGAGGAACCAGAAUCCAUGAAGAUUGAAGAGGAACCAGAAUCCAUGAAGAUUGAAGAGGAACCAGAAUCCAUGAAGAUUGAAGAGGAACCAGAACCUGUGAAGAUUGAAGAGGAACCAGAACCUGUGAAGAUCGAGGAGGAAUAUGAAAAUCUCUGCAGAGGUCAGGAUAAGCAUUGUCUUGUAGUGAAACAGGAAGCUGACGUUUUAAUCUUGAACCCUACUGAAGAACACACAGACACCCAUGAACCAGAACCAAACCAGAACCAGGUCUUCUCUGCAAACUCCCCUGAAGCAGAGAACCAACAUCAACAAAGAGGGAACCAGAAAGACUAUGGAACAUCUCCUUUUGAAGACCUUCAGCCAGAGAAGAGACAUCAGGACCUGAGGAAGCACACAGACACUGUGGACAGUUCUAGAGUAAAAAGACAUAAAGGAGCUUCAGCUUCGUGUAAAAUAUGUGGUGAAUGGUUCAGGACCAGUACGCACUUGGAUGCUCACACUAGCAGCCACACAGGGGAGAUAUUAUUUGCUUCUGCAGUUUGUAGUAAACAUUUUAAAAACACAGGUCGUUUAGAUAAACACAAAAGAGCUCAUACAGGUGGAAAGCUGUAUCCAUGUGAUAUAUGUGGUGAAACUUUUAGGGACAGCGGAGAUUUGGUCAGUCAUAGACAAAGUCACAAAGGUGAAGGGCUAUAUUCCUGUAAAUUAUGCCAGAAGUCCUUCAUUCAACGUUGUACUUUGACUCGUCACCUUCAAACUCACACAGCUAAAAAGCCUUAUCCUUGUGAUGUAUGCGAGAAAUCUUUCAGGACGAGGGCGAAUCUGUUAUGUCACUCCAGAAUUCACACAGGUGAGAAGCCUUUUUCUUGCGAUUUGUGUGAUAAAUCCUUUGGGCGCAGCAGUCAUUUGGCUAGUCACUACAGAACUCACACAGGUGAGAAGCCUUAUUGUUGCGAUUUAUGUGAGAAGUCUUUUCGACAAAGACAACAUUUGACUUCCCACCUUAGAACUCACACAGGUGAGAAGCCUUAUUCUUGCCAUAAGUGUGACAAAUGUUUUAGAGAUGGGGGUAAUUUAGCAUGUCACAAGAGAACUCACAAGGAUAAGAGGCUGUAUACCUGCAAGUUGUGUGAAAAAUCUUUUACAAGAAGGAAUGAUUUAACUUGUCACUUUCAGACUCACACAGACAAAAAACCUUUUUCUUGUAAGUUUUGUAAAAAAUCUUUUCGACAAAAACAUGAUUUAACUUGUCACCUUAGAACUCACACUGGUGAGAGACCUUAUCCUUGUGAUUCAUGUGAUAAAUUUUUCAGGACGAGGGCUAAUCUGUUGCGUCACUACAGAACUCACACUGGUGAGACACCUUAUUCCUGUGAUUUAUGCGAUAAAUCUUUCAAAGAGCAUCGUAAUUUGACAUGUCACAGAAGAACUCACACAGGAGAGAAGCCUUACCGUUGUGAUUCCUGUGGGAAAUAUUUAAGAACGAGAGCUAGUCUUUUACGUCACUAUAAAAGGCAUCGAUGAGAAGCCAUUUUUAUGUGAUUUCUGAGAUAAAUCUUUAAGAGGCAUCAGUAAUUUGACUUGUCAGAAGAAAUGAAAGUAAUCGGAAGCUUCAUUGUACCUCAGGUUAGUUUAUAAGGCAGAAAUUCAGAGCAAUACCUCAUCAAACUAAGUCCACCCCCUCACAGUGAUGUAAAUAAUUAUCAUGCCUUUUUUUGGGACAAUGCUGACGAUACGGCACUUUUAUACAUGCAGCAGCUCCUAUAGUUUCUAAGUUGUCGGCCAAACAGAGUAAAACACAUGUUCACAUGUUAAUGUCUGAAUUGAAGGCAGGAAGUGGGGACAGCUGGGAGUGGAGCUCACACUUAGUCUUCACUGAGGGAUGGUAAAUGUUUCAUUCACUCACUACAUUUAGCCACCGCCAGUAGAGGAAUCUGUGGGUGAAAGUUUUUCUCCUGGCUGAAAAACAAACUGGAUGCUUAUUAAACCAUCCAACAUUUUAGACCACUAAGAGCUGUAGACAACUGGCUCAGGUUACCCAGAGUUUUCUCUGCUGCUUUAGGAAGACCCACAGCCGCUGCAGCGGUUAGACGUCCAUCUGUAUGAACAUCCACACCUCUUAUUUCAUGUUUUCAGCUGUAGAAAUGUACAUGGAUCUGAAUACUUUCAGUUCUAAAGUUACUGUUAUCCCAGUUGGAUCUGAGGUGAGUCAGAAUUUAACGUGUAAGUCGGAUUUUUCCAAACCAAUUUUAAGGAAUUCCUUCUGGUCUGCUGGUUGUUGGGUUUUUAUUCUCUACUCACUCAAAAGAAGAUGUGUCUACAAUCCAUCAAGCAUUUAGUAUUUGUUCAUAUUUAUUUUGUAACAUGUAACAUAAUUUAUUUUUAAUGUUAAAGAAACAAAAUUGUGCCAGGAUGUAUAAAAUGGUCAUAAGUUGGUUAAAAUGUCUAUUCUUUGUUUUUGUUUUACUUUGAUGACAUGAAACUAUUAAACUAACAAAAUUCACAGUUUAUUGGAUGAAACUUUUCUGCUUUGUAUUUUAUUCCGGACAUGAAUUUAAAAGCGGACAAGAGACUUGUUUCUGUGUGAGUUUUCUCAGGGUGACCGAUGGGGUCAGGAGAACAGCAGGCAAAACUAAUAGAAGGUAUAUGUUAGUCCAACACUUAAUACAAGGCAAGGCAAAUUUAUUUGUAUAGACCAAUUCAGUACAAAGACAAUUCAAAGUGCUUUACAUGAUUAAAAUAUAGGAAAAUAAAACAGAAUCAAAGCA